AUGUCAAGCCAUGUCAAUUCGCCUUUGGACUUCAAGUAUGUGACACAAGUCCAGUUCUUCAUGAGCAUGAUAGGAGCCUGGCCAUACCAGAAACUUGGACGAAGUCGAGCCGCCAUUAUGUCUGCGGUCAAUGCCAUUCUCAUAGCUGUUGGCAUAAUAGCGUGUGUUUUGGAAGCAAUCUAUAUGCGCUGGAAUAGAGAAAUACUGACGUUUUUUCAUUUUGGCCAUGUUUGCUUGUGUUGGUUUCUCGAUAUCCUGUAUGUGCAAAGGCUAUUUACCGCAAGGACUGAUAAAUAUCAAGAUACUGUAAAGGAUUAUUUACUUGAUUUUCAUUUGUUUUACUUCAAGGGUCGCUCACCAUACGCCGCUAAGGUAUACGCGCAAAUCCACAUAAUAUCAGUAAUGUUCACAAUCUACGUGAUGUGGCAGAUGUACAUAGGAGUGUCCCUGUUCAUAUUCAUGCCGUGGUUCAACAACUAUAGCAGAAACAUGUUCAACGAAAACCGGCCCCAAAACACAACGUUUGAACACUCUAUGUAUUAUUAUCUACCUGAUGCGGUUUAUACAACUAUAGACGGAUAUUGGACGUUAUUUGUCAUCAACAUACCUAUUUCCUGCGUAGUCACAAUAGGCCUGUGUGUUUUCGAUCUCCUGCUCAGCCUGAUAGUGUUCCAAAUUUGGGGGCACCUUAGAAUUCUGAAGCAUAAUUUGUUUAGUAUACCGAUUCCGGCAAAAAGUGGAUCAUAUUCAGUUGAAGAGAAUAAUCGAAUACGAAUGUUGUUAGAGGAAAUUAUAUUACAUCACAAAUUUAUUGUAAAAUUCGUGGACAGAUGCUCGGACGCGUUCAGCGAAUAUUUGUUCGCGUUCUACCUGUUCAUGCAGUUCAUCACCUGCAUCUUACUGUUGGAGGUGACCUCUUUCACUGCCGACGCGCUGGCUAAAUACGGCCCCUUGACCAUUGGAAUGCAUCAGCAGUUAAUACAAGUGUCGAUACUUUUCGAAAUGUUAAACACUAAGAGUGAGCAGCUCAUCGACUCCGUAUACGCCAUCCCGUGGGAGCACAUGGACACACGCAACAGAAGAACUGUGUUGUUUUUCCUUCAUAGAGUCCAGACCCCAGUCGGUUUGAAAGCAGCAAAAGUCGUUCCUGUGGGGGUCAACACUAUGUUUGCAAUUCUGAAAACCACGUUCUCGUAUUACAUGAUGCUGAAGGCUUUAGCUGGAGAAAGAUAAAGCUGUGGAGUAGUUAGCAAUGAGCAAUGUUGUGUACUGACGUCUCGAGCGACGUCAUAGUGACGUCAUUGUCAGUAAGUCUGUCGAUGUCGGACUGCGAGCAAAGCCACGUGAUGUUUGUGUUGGCGAGCCGUUGGAAAUACAUUACAUCGUAUGAUUUAUAGUCUGUAUAUUUAGGUAUUUAAAUAAAAGUAAACAAAAUCUACCCUCAAAUAGCUUCCUAUGCCAGUUGAGAGUAG